CGCCCUUGACAGGCAGUGGAUGGACAUUGUCGAGUCGUACUCUGCCCGGAACCUGACCAAGACGGAGGACCGGUUCCUGGCCCUGUCUGGUGUGGCUGCGCGGUACCAGGCACGCAAGCCCCAGGACUUGUACAUGGCUGGUCUGUGGUACGACAACAUCGCGCAGGGCCUGGCCUGGACUGUUCAGAGCGCGGUGCAGAGGCAUCCGGACCGCCCCAAGAUGCACGAGUGCCCUUCGUGGUCGUGGGCGUCCCUCCCGAUACCUACACCUGUGCGCAUGAGCCGGAACACGACUGGCAGCCAGCGAUCUCGGUUUGAGGUGUUGCAUACGGACAAAGAUCUGGCACCGGGGGGAGAAGACGCGGUCGUAUCGGUCUCGCGUGGCAGUCAGAUCAAGAGCCUCACGAUCAGAGGACGCAUCAGGCCGCUCUGCUCUAGUUCUUCAAGGGUAGUAUCGUGGUCCUCUGUGACAGUGCGUACAGCGAUAACGCCUAGUUACUCCCAGGGCCAGACUGACACCUUUACAUUUCACGAUUGGCUGGAUCAGGAGGUGCACAGCAUCAAUGGUGAUACCGGCACUAUCGUCGCAUACCAGCCACGGAUGAAGGAGCUGGUGGCCCAGCUUGACUAUCUCGAUAGUGUGGAAGGCAUCCAAAUGAACCCUUCGGUGGUCACCUGCCUGGAAAUCAGCGACCGAGCAAUGCUACUCUUGAUGCCUGCUAGCAACCCCCAAAACGAGGAGAUUCCACAGUUUACCAGGAUGGGGGUGUCUAUGGAUUUCAGGGAGGAUUUCUUUUCCGGGCUGAAAGAGACGGUAAUUAGGCUUCAAUAGGAUCGGCUGCUGAGUUCUACCCUAGACUUC